CGUAGCUGUGCGGACUGCAGUGCAGAGGUAGACAAACAUGGAGCGCAAAUCAUUCUCCUGCAGAGACACUGCGAGCUGCCUCGCCCUGCUCGCCGUCGCGCUGUGCCUCGGCGCCGCCACGGUGGCGCGGGGCCAGCUGACGGACGACUUCUACGACGACUGCUGCCCCCAGGCGGAGAACAUCGUGAGGGCGCGCGUGUCCGCCGCGAUGAAGGCCGAGCCCCGCAUGGGCGCCUCCCUGCUCAGGCUCCAUUUCCACGACUGCUUCGUCAACGGGUGCGACGGGUCGAUCCUGCUGGACGGGAACAACACCGAGAAGCUGGCGGGGCCGAACCUGAACUCGGCGCGCGGCUUCGAUGUCGUCGACGCCAUCAAGGCCGACCUCGAGAAGGCGUGUCCCGGGGUCGUCUCCUGCGCCGACAUCCUCGCCAUCGCGGCAAAGUACGGAGUGCUGCUGAGCGGAGGGCCGGACUACGACGUGCUGCUGGGAAGGAGGGACGGCCUGGUGGCAAACCAGUCCGGCGCCAACAGCAACCUGCCUAGCCCGUUCGAUCCCAUCAGCACCAUCACAAAGAAGUUCAGCGAUGUGGGUCUCAACACAACCGACGUGGUCGUUUUAUCAGGAGGCCACACGAUCGGGCGAGCGCGGUGCGUGCUGUUCAGCGGCCGGCUGGCCAACUUCUCGGCGACGAGCUCCGUGGACCCGACGCUGAACGCGUCCCUGGCGUCCAGCCUGCAGGCGCUGUGCCGGGGCGGGGACGGCAACCAGACGGCGGCGCUGGACGACGGCUCCGCCGACGCGUUCGACAACCACUACUACCAGAACCUGCUGGGCCAGAGGGGCCUCCUGUCCUCCGACCAGGGCCUCUUCUCCAGCACCGACGGCAGCGCGGCCACCACCAGGGCGCUCGUCCAGGCCUACAGCGCCAGCAGCGAGCGCUUCUUCUGCGACUUCGGCAGGUCCAUGCUCAAGAUGGGCAACAUCCUCCCGCUCACCGGCUCCGCCGGCCAGAUCCGCAGCAACUGCCGUGCCAUCAACUGAGCUGAGCAUGGAACAGCCCGCGUGCAGGUCGUCGAACUGCCAUGCAUGCACCUCAAUCAACAAAAAAAAGUGGGAUCGUGACGCGUAGUCAUUGUGGUGUGGAGCGUGUUUCGUGUGGCUUAAGCCAGGGUUCAUUAAUUCAUGCAUGGUCAAUAUCACUAGCUAUUGGGACGGAUGAGUGGUAGCCUGGUAGGUAUUCGACUCUCUUCAAACGAACGAGAUAGGAUCUGUAACUGCCGCGACAGUACCCAACGAAUUAUCUGUAGGUGCAUGCGUUCCCCGAUCGAUGUUGUUCUCGUGAACAAGCAAGAAGACGGAAUAAAUAAAAGCAUCAUCCCUGGUUACUACGCA